GUUGAUAUUGGGGGGGGUACAUUUGGCAGAAAUAAACUGGCUAGAAAUUGGCAUCCAAAUGUGCACUGUAUUGGACAAGGGUGUGUUACAAGCAGGCCAACUUGUUGCUCAAUCGAUGUCCCACAACCCGUUGCAUAACUACGUGCUUCCACUGAUAAGGCUCCUUUUCAACAUGUCUUCUGGAGAUUGUGGGUGGUCAGCAGCAAUCCUUGUCCAAAGUUCACCUGGUGUGAAUCAGACCUACAGCAGUGAUGACAUGCUUUGUGUGUGUGUGUGUGUGUCUGUGGCAAACUGUGGUUCUUUGAAGCAAUACGGUCUACUGUAAAAUUGUACACACAGAAAUGCUCUCUCACUGAUGUAUCCAGGGUAUGUAGUUAGGGGCGUUAGGAGCAUACAGUGGAGUAAUGGAUUUAGGCAGUUGCUGAUUUUUUACAAAUUGAAUUUAAUGUAAUUUGUAUUUAUAUAUUUAUUUAUUUUAACUUAGGCCAGACCUUUGUGACUGGGGCUGAUAGGGGGGUUAAAUUCUCUUGGGAAUACCCAUAAGAACUUUGCUCUGCAGCUUCAUCUGGCCAAGAGGACAUUGAAGCCGAUUUCCAAUGUCCCUAAAACACGGGCACUCGAAUACCGUCGCUAAUCCGGCAUGGACUUGUUUUUACUUUGGAAUUUGAGUAAACCACUGCAUUUAACACCAUCAGUUACAAGAUUAUUUACUACACUUUUGCUAGUUACAGUAUGCCCCUGCUGAGAGUUGAUUCCAUUUAUUCACUGUGCUUUUCCUUAACGGCCACUCAGAUAUUUAUCCAAACAUAAUCGCUAUGGGCUUUCCUGCUCAGAGAAUCGAGGGGGUGUACAGAAACAACAUAGACGACGUCGUACGGUUUCUAGACUCCAAGCAUAAAAAUCAUUAUAAAAUCUAUAAUCUAUGCGCUGAAAGAAAUUAUGAUGCUUCCAAAUUUAAUUGUCGUGUGGCCCAAUACCCUUUUGAGGACCAUAAUCCUCCACAGCUGGAGCUGAUUAAGCCCUUUUGUGAAGACCUCGACAAGUGGUUAAGCGAAGACGAUAAUCACGUAGCCGCCAUCCACUGCAAGGCGGGGAAAGGGCGCACCGGCGUCAUGAUAUGCGCGUACCUGCUGCACCGCGGCAAGUUCCUCAAGGCCCAGGAGGCGCUGGACUUCUACGGCGAGGUUCGGACCAGAGAUAAGAAGGGAGUUACUAUCCCCAGCCAAAGGCGGUAUGUCCACUACUACAACUAUCUGCUGAAGAACAACCUGGAGUACAAGCCUGUGGCACUGCUCUUCCACAAGAUGGUUUUUGAGACCGUACCCAUGUUCAGUGGAGGCACCUGCAGGGAGACUGGUGUUAAAAACAAGAGCGAGCAGAAUCCACAUGGUUUCAGGAAAGGGAAUUGGCACUGGGAUCCCCAGUUUGUGGUCUACCAGCUGAAGGUGAAGAUCCACACUUCGAACCCCAUCCAUACGCGACGCGAGGACAAGUACAUGAUCUUCGAGUUCCCUCAGCCUCUGCCUGUGUGUGGAGAUGUCAAGGUGGAGUUCUUCCACAAGCAAAACAAAAUGAUGAAGAAGGAGAAGAUGUUCCACUUCUGGGUGAACACGUUCUUCAUCCCUGGACCAGAGGAGAACUACGAGAAGAUGGAGAACGGGGGUCUGGUGAAGGACCUGGACGGCCUCCCGCCGGCAGAGAAGGGCGAGAACGACAGGGAGUACCUCAUCAUGCCGCUGACCAAGAACGACCUUGACAAGGCCAACAAGGACAAGGCUAACAGAUACUUCUCGCCGAACUUCAAAGUGAAACUGUACUUCACGAAGACGGUGGAAGAGCCGUCUAACUCUGAGGCCAGCACCUCCACGUCAGUCACGCCGGAUGCUAGUGACAAUGAGCCGGACCAUUACCGAUACUCGGACACCACGGACUCUGACGCUGAUAACGAACCCUUCGAUGACGAAAUUACUAAAGUUUGAAUAUUUUUUAUGGGGGAAAUAACCGAAAUAAACAUGCAUACAAAGAGACAUAUAUACCACACAAAAAAACCCUGAACGUUUGAAAAUGAAAAAAGGAGAAAACUUGAAUGAACUGAAAAAGCAAGUACCUUUUUUUUUUUGUUUUGUUUUGUUUUUUUUCUUUUCCAGACUGAGGUAGUUUGUCACAAGAAAAUGGCCACUGGUUUGUAGGGACAAUAAUCUCGACCAAUCACUCUUCAUUUCCUGCUUUUUUGUUUUGUUUGUUUGUUUGUUUUCUUUGUCCCUUUUUCGCUCAUGUGCAAGUAUGGACACCGGCUCUCAGUCAUAAAGGUUCACUAGCUAUUAUGUACAUAAUGUCACGUG